CCGUCCCACUGUCGUGUUUAUUCUGGGUUUUUUAAAUGUUUUUUUACUGAUUAGAAUACAGAAGAAAAAAAAAGUGAGGUUCUGAGCUGGGUUAAGAGGGGAGUUUUUAUUUUAAAAUACAUUUUUGCAGGAAAGUAAAAAUUAGAGCCAACAGUAAAUAUAUGAUACACUAAUUUAUUAUAUUUUUAUAUUAAAAAGAACAUUUUAUACGUCAUUUGCUUUCUCACAAUUAUGUAAAUGUUUUCUCCCAGCUGGCACCAAUAGACCCAACUUGUACUGUAAAGUGGAAAGUUACGACAUACUAUUACUCAAUAGAGAGUACAAUUAAAAUAUGUUAUCCUGGUGGAUGUUUUUAUCUGCUAGUGCUCAAAAAGCAGUGUUUUUUUCUUCUUCGUCUUCAUCAUAAUGCUUUCUGUAUAUAGCUUUGCUCAAACUAAGAUAUACGACUAAACCUGUCUAAGCGCUGCCUUUUUAACUUUCUGUUUUCUAGUCCCAAAUGAGGUGGAACUAAUUGUCCUAGAGUUAACUUGACUUGGUGCAUGUUUAGUUUAUGGAGGCUUAAAUGUAACUCCAUUGUAUGAGAGGGAGGACCCCUCAUCACAUCUUCCAGUCAUUGUUGCUAUUUUUUCAUUCACAAUGUUAAAAAGCCUGCAAUCUCCACUUCAAACAGGCUUAUGAUCAAAUCUAGUUUUUAAUAUGUUGGCUAUAAAGUAAUACCUUCUUCUACCGCUAGAGGGCGAUGGCAACACCUGGUUCUCACACUCAGAGUAGUGAUUGGGCGCUCGUCCAGAGGUCCUCAAACCUGUGUGUGUGCGUGUGCGUGCAGGGUGCGGUUAUGGGGCAGUUUAAAGUGCAGUUUGCGCCACUGUCCUUGUACGAGAUUGAUCUCCUCUGAUGGAUGACAGCUGUGUGUAUAGGACCUUUCAACAACAAGGUGAAUGUACAGAAAUGUAUUACGAACAUAACUAAGAGACACAAGGCAAUAUAAGAAGACAAUGCAACACUUUGAAAAAGAAUCAAUCCAAAUAGAUUAAUGGGGAUUUAUAAUAGGAUAAGACAAACGAAGUACAGCGCAAGACAUGAAUAGAAAGUCCAGAGUUGAAUUUAAAAGGCAGAUAUGUGGUGCAUAAAGGCUGAAUGCUGCUUCUUGUUGUAUUGUUUUAUUUUGACUGGGGACAAAAAGUAGAAGAUCUGCCUCAGACAAUCUGAGAGUGGAUUGUCAGGAUUUUUAGAAAAGAUUAAACUUAUCCCCACUCACCGAAGAAAUGUCUGACUAACCAUCAAAGCUCAUUAAAAUAUUCCUUCUUUUUUAAAAUCACCAGAAUGUUAAGUAAUAUUAAUUGAUAUAACUGUUAAACUGAUAUGUUGUGCAAAUUCUAUCAACCUAAAAUGUGUAUUAAACGUAUCUUGUGUGAAAAAAAUACAACAAUUAUCAAAACCCCAAAUUUUCCUCAAAAGUCUAGGCAGUGAAUGUUCUUAAGAAAAUGACAAACAUAAUUUAAAAAGGACAGUCGUAAGUAAUAACUCAAUAACUAAUCUUUACACGUCACCCAGGCCGCGGGGCAGGACAGCUGGACCGAGAAUAGACCCGCGCAUGCUCAGUGUUCGGUGAACAAACCCCGCCCUGUUCCGGGUUAAUAAUGGUUAAUGUUCUGUGAUUGGUCGAACAGGCUCGUCCUUCGCGAGUGUGGGCGGAGCUUCUUUGACCGGCAGUUAAUCCAACGGGGAUUGCUUUGAAAUCUGCGGAGUGGAGAAAAGGGGGAGAGGAAUGACGGAGCCCAGCGUUAACUUCAGAAACAACGGCCGUUAGACAACGUUAAAAGCACAGAGGAGUACCACAAGGAUAAGAUAGAAAAUGUUUAACAUGAGACUCUAACUUUGGAGGUGAGUUUUGUUUUGGGGGGAGACGCGGAGGUACACGGGGGGGAGGAGGGCAGUACGUCAAGGGCUCAACAUGGAUGUCCGGGGAGCGACGGCGCGACUCUGAGGAGGAAUUCAGCCCGUGUUCAGGGUCGCGUCUGGUCGACGGAGCCGAGGAGCGUCUACGAGCUGUAGCUUCUUCACAAGGUGAGCACACAGUGUCCAGGUGAAGGAAGAAAUCAAAGUCCGUGACUCUUUGAGGCUAUAACCGUUAGCUAAGAUGUUGACGCUGUGGAGGCGAGACGUGCCGCUCUCAGAGAGGCUGGGGGAGGAGUCCGUCCUGGCGGCAGCGCCCGCCGGCCCGCCAACGGCCGCGCCGGCGGGCCCCAACAUCUCAUGGCUCCCCGAAGCCCCACUGCUGAGCCCGGACCAGCCCAUCUUCCUCAUGACGCCCGCGGCGCAGGCCGUGUCCGGCUUCUUCGUCUGGACCGCACUCAUCCUCACCUUUCACCAGAUCUACAUGCACCUCCGGUUCUACAGCGCUCCUCGGGAGCAGCGCCACAUCGUACGCAUCCUCUUCAUCGUUCCCAUCUACGCCUUCGACUCCUGGCUCAGCCUCCUCUUCUUCACCAACGACCAGUACUACGUGUACUUUGACACCGUCAGGGACUGCUACGAGGCGUUUGUGAUUUACAACUUCCUGAGUCUGUGCUACGAGUACCUGGGAGGAGAGAGCGCCAUCAUGGCGGAGAUCAGAGGGAAACCCAUCCAGUCCAGCUGUGUGUACGGGACCUGCUGCCUGCGGGGGAAGGCCUACUCCAUCGGCUUCCUGCGCUUCUGUAAGCAGGCCACGCUGCAGUUCUGCGUGGUCAAGCCGCUCAUGGCCGCCGUCACCGUCGUCCUGCAGGCCUUCGGCAAGUACAAGGACGGGGACUUCAACGUUGCCGGCGGUUACCUGUACGUGACCAUCGUCUACAACAUCUCCGUGAGCUUGUCCCUGUACGCCCUCUUCCUCUUUUACUUCUCCACCCGGGAGCUGCUCAGCCCCUACAGCCCCAUGCUCAAGUUCCUCAUGGUCAAGUCCGUCAUCUUCCUCUCCUUCUGGCAGGGCAUGCUGCUGGCCAUCCUGGAGAAGUGCGGGGCCAUCCCCCAGAUCAACUCGCCGGAGGUGUCCGUCGGCGAGGGGACGGUCGCCGCCGGCUACCAGAACUUCAUCAUCUGCAUUGAGAUGUUCUUCGCGGCGCUGGCCCUGCGCCACGCCUUCACGUACAGCGUCUACAUGGAGAAGAGUCUGGACUCCCACGGAACUGUUCCUACAUAUGGAGAGUUUGGCCGCUGCGCCCCCAUGAAGAGCAUCUCCAGCAGCCUGAAGGAGACCAUGAACCCGGGCGACAUGGUGCAGGACGCCAUCCACAACUUCUCCCCGGCCUACCAGCAGUACACCCAGCAGUCCACGCUGGAGCAGGGGGCGCCGCCGGCCGCCGCACGCACGCACGCCGCCGACGCCGGCCACGGCGACACGGAGAAGACGCUCCUGCUCAGCUCCGACGACGAGUUCUAGAGCGGAUUCUAGAGUCGGACCGGUUCCUUCUGCGGCAGACGGAGCUUCAUCCUCCCGUGCAGCCGCCCUCCUCGAUGUGUGAGUGAUUAGAGAGGUGUGUGUGUGUGGGGACAUCUGGGCCUUCCUGCAUCAACACAUUUACAGUCUUUUUUUAGUUGGUACGUUUUUUUUGUUUUUUUACUUUGGCCAGGAAAUGAAAGGGAGUUUGGAAAGUUUGGAAAGUGUGUGAGUCACGCUCCGUCUCACCGAGUCACGCUGGAAUUUUUGGAAUGAAAGUUUUUCUUCGGGCUUUGAUGGAUUUCACAUUUCAGCUCGGUCUCGUCCCAAAUAGAUUUUUUUUUCGAACAGACCUGAAUUGUUUUUUUAUUUUGAAGGCCUCGUUGUUUUCAGAUUGUUCUCGGCUGUGUUCAUCAAGCCAUGAAAAUCCCGUAAAGUUGAAUUUGUAGCAUUAAAGUUUUCAAAAAGAACUUUUAAGUUUUGUGAACUUUUUAAACGUAAUAAUUUGCAAAAAUUUAACAAAUUAUCUGCAGACAGAACCUGUUGGUUCAGUUAUUUCAAAAUAAAAGGGGGAAUGUACGUCUAGAAACAUUGUAAAAGAGCUGUGGAGGGACUCAGGUGCAUUGUGGGAUUUUAAGAGACAUCCUUCACUGCAUUGUGGGGAUUUAAAGGGAAACCAAUUCACAAACACCAGUUAGUGAAUUGUACGGAUCAAUGAUGUUAUUGAUAUUUGUGGAGCGGAUUAUAGAUUAUACGUCUGCUGCGUAACUAAGGGCCGGCAGAGCGGGUCAGGAUUACAUCACACUGUCUCUCAAUGGGAUUAACGCCUGUUGCAGACCACGAUGUCGGUUAACUGGAUUGAGGGAUAAACAAGAGAGGAAUAUAGGUUAAAAAUAACUUUAGAUGCUCAGGACUUAUACAUGUUCUCUGUUCAUAUGCAUACGCUAUUCCAAAUAUUCAAGUAAAGGUGAAAAUCAAAUUGUCUCACCUGUGAAAGGAAUUCUAACCGGUACCUUUCUGGCAUUCAGAAGGGAAGCUUUACAACGAGGACCAAUCGGAUCGCCAGCACUGUGCCCAAUGUUUGAAUAUUCAUGCCGACGGGAGAACUCUACUGUAACUUUAAUGUUUUCUUUCUUUGAUGACUAGAUUGAUCAAAUAAGUACUUGUUUUUUAGCUUUUCUUCUUCCCUGUCCAAACAACAACGUGCGACACGUCAACAUUUUGCAUUUCUUUGACUCUUCUGCUCUUCCCGGCAUUCUGCUCUUGUAACUUUUGAUUGAACUUCACCGCAGGCCGAGCUGGUUAUUUAAAGUUGAAGUCCUUGAGUCAAGAAUGAGUCACAGCUGCGUGUUUAUUUACCGCCGUGGCGUCACAUGACCAGCAGGGGGCCGGCGGUGGCCUCCUCCACUCUCUGAGGGCAGACGGGCCCUUAUCUCUCUCUCUCUCUCAGCUCACAUGCAGCAGCAGUGUGUCGCUCCUCUUCAUCCUCCUCCCGUCACAGGAGGGAAGCAGCCGGCCUCUCGCACUCUUUUUUUUUAUUGUUGUGCUUUUUCAUUUCUGCCUGACAGAAUAUAGUUUUUUAAAAUAGGACAGAAGCCACGUCUGUGUGCUAUUUUUAGACGGUGCUCAGUGUGUCUGGAUUAUCGGGCUGCUCUACAUGUCGACGUGAACACGCCGACAGAGUUCACCCAGCUACACACUGUGCUCACAACUAUGCAGGUUAUUGUCCAUUAAAUGCAUUUUUAAAGCGGAACUGACGAUAUUUUUGGGUUGAAGAGUAUGCUUCUUUUAAAUCCUGACGUGUGGACUUUGAAGGCUUCGUCCUCUGAUGCGUUGAGAUGUUUAUGAAUCUAGCUGCAGACUAAAGUUAGACGUCGAGGGUUAAGCGCUACGAUAAAGUCUAAAGUGUUAAAAUAGUCACACGUGCUCUAAAGAGGGAGAAAAGACUAGUUUUGUAAUGUUCCGUCUACGAUAAAGCUGCUCAUGUUAUUUCAUGUCAAAUGGAGAAGAUAUAAUAAAAGAUAUUUAGACUAUCUAA